UGGCGGAGGUGUCAUGUUUAGCCUGUCGCUGCUGGAUCGAAGAUGCUGCGACGGCAACGGGAAGCGAGGCGGUAUGAGACGUUUUUGUCUUCUGGCAUCUUCUUCAAAGGUAUCCAGCUAUCAAGACGUCGGUAGCCAGACAAGUGGUGAUGGUAGAGGCGGCUUCAAUGAUGAGUUUGUGCUCUCGAAUGGAAACACAAGAUCUCUGAUUAGGUUAUAUCGACGCGCGUCUGCGUCGUGUUCUUGAUGAAGGUGGUGGUUUGAAGCUUGGCUUUGGGGACGAGAAUCCCGAGAUCAACCUUGUGGCGGACUCGUCAUCAUCGGCACACAUGCGGCAAUUCCUUCUUGAAGGCAUCGCCUAGAAGUUGUGUAUUUUUGAGAUUGCCUUUUAUCAUAGGGUUAGUGGUUGUCCAGGUCAAUGUUGUUCGGCCGCUAAAUUUUGUUCUCUUAAUAAUAUAUCGUUGUGUGCAUCACUCGAUGCAGAGACAGGGAUUAUCAUCCUUUUCGAAAAAAUCAUUGACCCCGCAGACUAUCGAGCAUCAUGAGCCGUGGUGACUGAUGACUGCCGGGAGAUUAUGAGCUCUUUCAGCAGGGCGAUUAUAGUACUCUACGCACGGGAUAGCAAUGCUGUUGUGCAUUCGCCUGCUCGAGCUAGUUAAAGAAGGAAAUUAUCUGAGGAGUGGUGCGAACAUCCUUCUGACUUUCUCAUUCCUUCUCGUGUAACAUGAUUAUUGUUUAAUAAAGGUUGCCGAAUUUCAAAAAAGAAGAAGAAAAAAACACCCCACCCCACCCCUUCUUUUGGCAUUGGGAAAGGCGAACAAGGAACCCUAGCCUGAGGCCUGCGAGCGAUGGCGGCGGUUGGAUGCGCGGCCAGGAGGCUCGGCGGCUCCCUGCUCCAGCAAACGCAGACGGCGGCCACCUCACCUGCGAUCGCGGAGGAGCGACGCCGGCUCGUGACACGGCUCAUGCACACCAACGAGCAUUCUGGUGAAGACGUUUUGCGCCAGAUCCAGCAGAAGAAAAAGGAGCUGUAUGAUAUGAUACUUAAGGCGGAGAAGAAUUUCAUGACUAGUAACUGGCGUAACAGAGGGCUACUCCGGCAUCUUUCUGUACAAAUCGAUCCAAUGCCACAUGACUUGCAAUGGCACCGGUUAAGGUUAUCCAAAAGGGCUACCAAUGUGGUGAAGAUAGUUGGGGUUAUUACAUUAACAUCUAUGGUUGCUACUGGUUCGUUUAGUUACCAAGAUUUCAAAGAUUAUCUCGCAGACAGAAAGAAGCUACCCAAGGCUGUUAAGAAGAAAAAUCAGCGCUCACAGGAAGAAGCUAGUCCGGCCUGUUAAGAAGAAAGAUCAGUGAAGACAACAUCUUGUUUGACGGAGAAUCAAAGAUGAUGUCUGGAUAUCAACUUGUUUUCAGUUUAUGACCUGUAUCAGCUUGUUUUCAGUUUAUGAUGACCUGUUAGCUAGCACUAUAUGCUACUCAUGCAUCUUUGUGAUCUUGUAUGACAUGGUAUGUUAUU